GGACUGUUGUGGAAGGAGCUCUGCGCAUCCCCCCACCCGCGCCGCUGGGUCUUCAGCUCGGUUUUUGGCAUUUGAGGAACUCAGGCCAGUGGAAGGAGAGGUGCUGCCCCAUCCCGUAGAGAAGAAGCAGUAAGAGCAGCAACCACCAGCAAGGAAGACCAGCCGCGUUUCCACAGAGACUUGGGCAGGGCAGCCCGGCCAAAGCAGACGGAGGGGCUGCGGGCUGCUUGCCAAGUGGGUCCCAAGAGUGGAGCAAGCCGAGUGGCUAGCGAGGAUGCUCGGCGCCUGCCGCCCGUCUUCGCCGCCGUUGCUGUUGCUGUUCCCUCUACUGCUGCUGCCCGGAGGGGCGCUCAGGAGCGGGCUGGGUGGCACGGUAGCGAGCGAAGUGAAUUUAUUGGAUUCAAGAUCAGUUAUGGCAGAUCUUGGAUGGAUUGCGUAUCCAAAGAAUGGGUGGGAAGAAAUUGGUGAGGUGGAUGAAAAUUAUGCACCAAUCCACACAUAUCAAGUGUGUAGAGUGAUGGAACAGACUCAGAAUAAUUGGCUUUUGACAAGCUGGAUCUCUAACAAAGGAGCUUCUCGGAUCUUCAUUGAACUAAAAUUUACCCUUAGAGACUGUAACAGCCUUCCAGGAGGUCUUGGAACUUGCAAAGAGACUUUUAAUAUGUAUUACUUUGAAUCCGAUUAUGAAGAUGGGAGGAAUAUGAAAGAAAACCAAUACAUCAAGAUUGAUACUAUUGCAGCAGAUGAGAGUUUUACAGAAUUAGAUCUUGGAGAUAGAGUCAUGAAGCUAAAUACAGAGGUGAGGGAUGUUGGACCUCUAACCAAAAAGGGCUUUUACCUUGCUUUUCAGGACGUGGGUGCCUGCAUUGCACUGGUAUCUGUCCGGGUCUAUUAUAAAAAGUGCCCUCUGGUGAUUCGAAACCUUGCCAUCUUUCCUGACACCAUCACUGGAGCUGAUUCUUCACAGCUACUAGAAGUCUUAGGGUCAUGUGUGAACAAUUCAAUGACUGAUGAACCCCCAAGGAUGCAUUGCAGUGCUGAAGGGGAAUGGCUGGUGCCUAUUGGAAAAUGCAUAUGUAAGGCAGGUUAUGAGGAGAAGAACAGCACCUGCCAGGCAUGCCAGCUGGGUUUCUUUAAGAAUUCAUCCCAAAGUCAAGGAUGCACCAAAUGCCCUCCACACAGUUUCACACGUGAAGAAGCAUCAACAUCCUGUAUUUGUGAAGAGAAUUAUUUCCGAAAGGAAUCUGAUCCACUCACCAUGGCUUGUACAAGACCCCCCUCUGCACCUCGGAGUGCCAUCUCAAAUGUUAACGAGACUAGUGUCUUUCUGGAAUGGAUUCCUCCUGCUGAUUCUGGUGGAAGGAAAGAUGUGUCUUAUUAUAUUGCAUGCAAGAAGUGCAACUGGCACUCUGGGCUCUGUGAGGCAUGUGGCAGUCAUGUCAGGUACCUUCCACAUCAAAACAACCUGAAAAACACCUCUGUGAUGAUGGUAGACCUGCUUUCUCACACAAAUUAUACCUUUGAAAUUGAGGCAGUGAAUGGUGUGUCCGGCCAGAAUCCAGCAACACGGCACUUUGUUUCAGUCAAUGUAACCACAAACCAGGCAGCACCAUCUCCAAUCACGAAUGUGAAAAAAGGGAAAGUCACCAAAAAUAGCAUUUCAUUCUCCUGGCAGGAACCAGAUCGACCCAAUGGCAUCAUUCUGGAAUACGAAAUCAAAUAUUUUGAAAAGGAUCAGGAGACCAGUUAUACCAUCAUCAAAUCCAAGCAGACAAGAAUUACAGCAGAUGGCUUGAAACCAGCUUCAGCAUACGUUUUCCAGAUUCGUGCUCGCACCUCAGCAGGUUAUGGUGGCUUCAGUCGAAGAUUUGAGUUUAAAACGAGCCCAGUGUUAGUUGCAUCUAGCGAUCAGCGUCAGAUCCCUAUAAUUGCUGUAUCUGUUACUGUGGGAGUGAUUCUUUUGGCUAUUGUAAUUGGUUUCCUUCUCAGCGGAAGGCGGUGUGGCUAUAGCAAAGCUAAACAAGAUCCUGAAGAAGAAAAAAUGCACUUUCAUAAUGGCCAUAUUAAACUACCAGGAGUAAAGACCUAUAUUGAUCCACAUACCUAUGAAGACCCUAAUCAAGCUGUUCAUGAAUUUGCCAAAGAAAUAGAAGUGUCAUACAUAUCAAUUGAGAGAGUUAUUGGAGCUGGUGAAUUUGGUGAAGUAUGCAGUGGGCGCAUGAAACUUCCUGGGAAAUGUGAGUUGCCAGUGGCCAUUAAAACCCUGAAAGUGGGCUACACUGAGAAACAAAGGCGGGAUUUCUUGGGAGAAGCAAGCAUAAUGGGGCAGUUUGAUCAUGCCAACAUUAUACACCUGGAAGGCGUGGUAACAAAGAGUAAACCAGUCAUGAUUGUAACUGAAUAUAUGGAAAAUGGAUCCUUGGAUACAUUUUUAAAGAAGAAUGAUGGACACUUUACUGUAAUUCAAUUGGUUGGUAUGCUCCGAGGAAUAGCAUCUGGGAUGAAGUAUUUGUCUGACAUGGGAUAUGUACAUAGAGACUUGGCUGCCAGAAAUAUCCUAAUCAAUAGUAAUUUAAUGUGUAAAGUGUCAGAUUUUGGACUUUCUCGAAUUCUUGAAGAUGAUCCUGAAGCUGCUUACACAACAAGAGGAGGGAAAAUCCCAAUCCGAUGGACAGCUCCUGAAGCUAUAGCUUUCCGCAAAUUUACGUCUGCUAGUGAUGUCUGGAGCUAUGGGAUUGUGAUGUGGGAAGUAGUGUCCUAUGGAGAGAGACCCUACUGGGAGAUGACCAAUCAAGAUGUGAUUAAGGCUGUUGAAGAAGGUUAUCGUUUGCCAAGUCCCAUGGACUGCCCAGCUGCUCUCUAUCAGCUAAUGUUAGAUUGCUGGCAGAAGGACCGAAAUAGCAGGCCCAAAUUUGAUGAAAUAGUCUGCAUACUGGAAAAGCUCAUUCGGAAUCCCAGUAGCCUGAAAACGUUGGUGAACACAUCAAGCAGAAUUUCAAAUUUAUUAGGGGAACACAGCCCACUUGGAAAUGGUGUCUACAGAUCUGUAGGUGAAUGGCUGGAAGCCAUCAAAAUGGGACGGUAUACAGAGAUUUUCAUGGAAAAUGGAUACAGUUCCAUGGAUGCUGUGGCUCAGGUGACACUGGAGAUGCAAAUUAAUCCUGGCUCUACGGGAGAUCUUCAACAAUCUGCUGUUCAGUUAAAAGUAUAUGGUUUGCUUUAUUUAUUUAUUUGUUUGAUUUAACAUCAGAGGACUUCUUCUCAGCAGCAGAAUGAAAAUUAGGACACAAAACAUCUCCCUGCUUAUAUUUUAAACUGUGGAAUAUGAUGAAUGUGUCAUAGCUCCCUGGCUGUGCUUGAAUACUUCAUCUUCCCUGAUCCCGCAUCAGCUUUCUCAAUAUUUUCCAUUUGUUUCUAGAGUCUAUUUUAUUGGAUAAUCUCAGAUCCAGUUCUGACUUUAUGUCUAAUAACAGUAGUCAAUUUUAAUAAUUAAGAUAUAGUACUGCUAGGGUUUAUAAAGCAUCAAACAUAGAAACAGAAUCUACUUUUAGAAAAUGUCUUAACUGUGAAAAGGAAAUAAGAAAAAAUAGAUUGAAUUUUCAGAAAUCCUGCACUGGUGUUAUAAAUUUAGAUUUCCCUGAUAUUCUUUUGUCUGUUGUAUAUGUAUCAAUCUGCAUAAUAAUUUAAUUCAGGUAUGUCCUGUAUGUUUACAAGUAUAUUUCUGUUUCAAUCUGAUGAAAUAUAAAUAAUUGGGUAUUUGCACUUAUGUUAAAUAAUAUGGACAUUAAUUUGUGCCUUAGCAAUUAUUAUACUAAUUAUUAAUUUAUUUAGCAUUUAUUAUACUUUUGAUUGUGGAUGUCAUAUUUCCCCUUUGAUUAUAUAAAAUAUUAUUUUUAAAACAUUAUGCCCCAGAAAUAAUUUCAUUUUUUUACUUGUCAUAUUGUACAAAUUAACACAAGUACACAACAUUUAUCAAAUUUUAAAGGGAUUUUGGCUUUUAAAAAAAUAGAUUUACAAGUAGAAGUGCUUAAAACUAGAUGGAAUAUAUUAUCCCUUAAUUGAGUUAAACAUGUCAAAUAAUGUUCUCUGCUGUUUUUAAUGAAGUUUUCAUCCUCAUGUUUUAAUACUUUAUUUAAGAUUUAAUCCAGUUGAUUUCAGGUUCCAUGGCAUGUGUGUGUAUAUAUAUAUACGUGUGUGUGUGUGUGUGUGUGUAUACACAUACACACACACACACAUAUACAUACAUACAUACAUACAUACAUACAUACAUACAUACAUAAUGAUUGUAAAGGAGUUCAUACAAGUAUAAUUUUCUAUGAGAUCAGAGGAAGAAUCAUGCAGAAAAGGUAACUGUUUAAAUGAAUAUUUAACAAAAUAUAUCAUUAAGCUGUAGAUUAUGUGUUAUAGAGGCUGAAGGUUUAUUUCUUCCACAUUCUGCUUUUCUCCAACCCAGUGCCUUUGAAAUUGUGUUUACAAAUCCCAGAAUUCUGAGACCUAUAGUUUUCAGUGUGCAGGCCUUAGGAUCUUUAGAAAGAAGUUUUUGAUGUACUCAACAAAACUAUAAUUUCAGAAUUCUUACUGAAUACAUUUGUACUGUAUAGAUGUGUUCUAAUAGAAAUUAUAUUGUUGAUGUCACUCAAGCAGAAAAUUAAGAUAAGAUUUGGACUGGGUUGGGCUGAGUAGUUAUAGAAAGAAGAUUCCAGAUUUCUCUUUUUCCAUAUUCGUAUCAUCUGUUUCUAUAGACUCACCAUAAAUAUCCCAGAAUUUACUGAAAAACAUUUUUUCUUUAUUUAUUUUCUACGCUAGUUAUAUAAUAAAACAAAUAUUGUUUGGAAACUAUUCAUGGAUAAAAUAUUGAGUUUGCAUCAUUCUGCUAAUCCAUCUCAAACUCUUCUGUCCAUAAAGCCAUAAGAAUGAAAGGGAUUUGUUAUGCUACCUUACAUUAAAGUUCUGGUUCUGACAAACUCCUAAAUGAUAAAGCAUUCAGAUGAUCCUUCUUUGGACUGCCAUAAAGGUUCACAUUUUUAAUGUUCCUGUCUUAAGUUCCCUGAAAAUGGAGUAUAAGCAUUUCACAGAAAAGGGAUGCUUUACAUCUUCUUGAUCCAGUUUUAUAGUCACCAAAGUUACCCUCUUCCACUUGAAAUGUUAUAGACUCUUCUAUUUCAGCAGCCUGCUGCAUAUAUAAACCAGGACCCACUUUUGGUUAAGCUUCUUGGAUGCCAAAGUCAAAGAUGACCAAAGGCAUGCACUUCUUGCUCAACUUUUGUGUAAAAAAUGUGUAUAUUUCUGGCAAUUGAUUCCUACAUUGUGAAUAGGAUUGGACCUAAUGGCCAAAAUGUCCCAUUCCAACUCUAUGAUACUUUUAAUUUUGGAAAGAUUUGAAAGCAAUGUCUUCCUCCUUUUAUUCAUUUUGGAGACUAGUUCAUUGUAAAAGAUUUUUUACCUCGUCAGAUUGUGUAGCAGUUCAGAAUAUCUGGUAUCUUACAUUAAUCCAACCAUCCAUCCACUUUAAAAACAAAUCAUGAAAAUAUUCCUAGAUGAUUUAUUAUUACUAACUAUCUUUAAUUUGUUCCAUCCAUUAUUCCUAUCGUAUAAAUAAUUUCACUUUUAGAAUUCAUCAGCUAUAAUUCUUGUAUUUCAAUUUUUAAAAUAUGCUUUAAUUUUUAUUGCUGGGAAAAUCCAUGAGAUCCACUUGAAACAUUAAAAUAUAAGAUAAAACAGAGAAAUCGAAGCUCAUUUAUAUACCUUCUGAAUCACAGUUUAUAUUUUACAAGUAAAUUGGCUAUGAGUAUGUAUUUGAAGCCUGAUUGGAUUAUUUGAUACAGACAAACAUUCAACUACUUGAUUAAUAUAGUUUCUAUAUUUUUGUAUUUUUAUACUUUUCGGUCCAUAUGUGUAUGUGUAAAACACAUUUUCAUGUAUAGAUACUGAAAGACCACCACCACCACCACCCAGCCACCAGGAGCACUCUACAAGCCUCCUAAAGGCUAAGCAUGCCCUUUUUUU